UUAGAUUUGGAUUCGACACCAAACCCAAAUACCCACCUUGGUAAAACAAUCCUUUUUUUGUGUUUCUUGCAAAAGAAGACAGAAGAAUCCUUGAGUACCCCCAGCCAGGUACAUUUUGAAACUGAAACCAGAAGUUGAAUUUGAAACUACAAAUCCUCCAGUCAUCAAUGGCGAGAUACGACAGAGCUAUAACCGUCUUCUCUCCGGACGGCCACCUCUUCCAGGUCGAAUACGCCCUUGAAGCCGUACGCAAAGGUAACGCCGCCGUCGGUGUUCGCGGCACCGACACCAUCGUUCUCGGCGUCGAGAAGAAAUCUACCGUCAAACUUCAAGACUCUAGAUCAGUUAGGAAGAUUGUAACCCUAGAUGAUCACAUAGCAUUGGCUUGUGCUGGACUUAAAGCAGACGCGCGUGUUCUCAUCAACCGGGCGCGAAUUGAGUGCCAGAGCCAUCGGCUUACUGUUGAGGAUCCAGUGACCGUGGAGUACAUCACUCGUUACAUUGCAGGUCUUCAGCAAAAAUACACACAGAGUGGUGGUGUGAGGCCGUUUGGGCUUUCAACAUUGAUCGUGGGGUUUGAUCCUUAUACAGGUGUUCCGGCACUGUAUCAAACAGACCCGUCUGGUACGUUUUCCGCGUGGAAAGCUAAUGCUACGGGUAGAAACUCUAAUUCCAUGAGGGAGUUUCUUGAAAAGAACUACAAAGAGACCUCUGGACAAGAAACUGUUAAACUCGCCAUUCGUGCUCUGCUGGAAGUUGUUGAGAGUGGGGGGAAGAACAUUGAAGUUGGUGUGAUGACAAAGGAGGGACUGAAGCAACUUGAGGAAGCUGAGAUUGACACAAUUGUUGCAGAGAUUGAAGCUGAAAAAGCUGCUGCAGAGGCUGCAAAGAAAGCUCCUUCUAAACAAACAUAAUUUCAUUUGUCACUCUUAUCAAUUCCAAAUAAUUAUUAUUUUAGACAUUUUCAGUUACAAGUGAGUUGAGACAUGUAUCUGGCUUUUGGCAGUGUUUAUGCAAUUUGACUGUGUUGUGCCUUGU